AUGUCGUCCUCACACGGAGGUGGAAUGCCACCCAAGCCUGUCACCAACCCGAACCUGCCGCUGUCCGGCAUCAAGGUUGUCGAGUUCUCUGGACUCGCACCUGGACCGCUUGUGGGCAUGGUGCUCGCCGACUUUGGAGCGGACGUGAUCCGGAUUGACAAAACCGCGACGGGACUCAACCCGGACAGCCUCUGCCGAGGCAAGCGAUCGUUUGCCGUGUCGCCCAAGAGCGCCGACGGCCACGCGCUCAUCUCGCAGCUGGUCCGCUCCGCUGAUGUGGUUAUUGAUCCCUUCCGCCCCGGUGUCCUGGAGCGUUUGGGACUGGGACCGCAGGACUUUGACAAGGAGAUCAAGAAAGGCCUCAUCUUUGCGCGGCUCACGGGCUUCCAACGCACGGGACCGUACGCUCAGAUGGCGGGCCACGACAUCAACUACAUUGCGCUCAGCGGCGUGCUCUCGAUGCUCGGACAGGCGGGAGGCAAGCCGCAGCCUCCGUCCAACUUGCUUGGAGACUUUGCGGGAGGCAGCAUGAUCUGUCUGUUGGGUAUCCUGCUGGCGCUGGUGGAGCGUGCGCGUUCGUCGCAGGGCCAGGUGGUGGAGGCGGACAUGGUGACGGGCGCACGCUACGUGUCGUCGUUUGUGCUGCUUUCGAGCUACCUCUCGCAUCCGAGCUGGGGCGCCAUCCACGCCGACGGCACCGACGAGACGCGCGGCAGCAACACGCUCGACGGCGGUGCUCCGUGGUACGGCGUGUACGCGUGCAAGGAGGGCGGGUACAUGAGCGUGGGUGCGAUCGAGCCGCACUUUUACAAGGAGCUGCUCGACAUUCUGCGCAAGGUGGUGCCGACUGCACCCGAGGGCACACAGCAUCCGUCGGCCAGCACGCAGCACGACCGCGACACGUGGCCGGAGCUGCGUCGCUACUUUGUAGCGAUCUUUGCACAGCUGCCGCGCUCCGAGUGGGAGCGUCACUUUGUACGCACGGAUGCAUGCACGGUGCCCGUGCUCACUCGCGACGAGGCGGCGCUCUCGGGUGUGCUGCCUGCCGCCUCGGCGGAAAGCGUAUCGGAUGGCAACCCGGUGAUCCCUACACCCGCGCCGCGGCUGACGAGGACGCCUGCGCGGCCACCAGCGGGCAGCGCGGGCGGCGAGUGGGAGGGCGAGAGCGCCGAGAUGCUGCUCACGCCGGGCGAACACACGGACGACAUCCUGCUCGAGCUCGGCAUCAGCGACAGCCGCAAGCGCAUCGAGCUGUACGCGGCGGGUGCGAUCGACGGACCCGACCGUCCCGAGGGCGUGACCAAGGCCAAGCUCUGA